GGGGGGGCGAAGGGAUAUAAAGUAGACGGGACGGUCCGAGAGCAGGAAAAAACGAGCUGCCGUGAACGUUACAUCAUGAAGCUGUGUGUGCUCGCGCUCGCUCUCGCGCUCCUCUGCUGCUGCUGCGACGUUUCGGCUUUGUUACCAAAAGCCGUGUGUCUCCUUCAAGUGGACGAGGGACCUUGCAGAGCAGAAAUCGAACGCUACUAUUACAACACUAUCACUCAAAAAUGUGAAACCUUCUACUUUGGAGGGUGUCAGGGGAAUGCUAAUAACUUCAAAAGUUAUCAGGAGUGCCAGAAAACCUGCUUUAGGAUUCCAAAGAUUCCUCAGAUCUGUAGGUUUCCUAAGGACGAGGGACCCUGUCGUGCACUCCUCCCUUAUUACUUCUUCAACAUGACCACCAUGCAGUGCGAGCUGUUUUACUACGGUGGCUGCCGGGGUAACUCCAAUCGCUUCAGAGACCUCACUUCUUGCAUGGAGUACUGCAGCCCACAAAAAAAUGUUCCUGUUCUGUGUCUGAAUCGUCUGGACAAAGGGAAAUGUUCGGCCUCUAUACCGCGGUAUUAUUUCAACAAAGUCACCAAGACGUGCGAGGAGUUCAUCUACUCGGGCUGUGGAGGAAGCAGCAACAACUUUGUCUCAAAGAGGAGCUGCAUGAACGUGUGUGUCAAAGGAGGGAAAAAGCACCCACACAAAGGCAAAGUUCUUCGCACGAGACGGAAUAGAAAUAACCGCAUCACCUUCUUGCAGGCGUAAAUGCGUGAAACGUUCUCAUGACGUGCUGUGUAGAAAAACCAAACUGACCAAGCUUGUGCCAAAAAAAAACCCCCCAAAAAAAACAGUGGGCCAGGUUUUCUUUGUGUUUUCACUGUUUCAAUGUGAAGUCAGGUAUGUAAAUAUGUGGACAGUGACACAGUUUUUAAAAAUUUUGCUUCUGUAGACAACCACAAUAGAGUUGAAAAGAAGCAGUCAAGAUGUGCUGUGUAGUGGAGAGUUUCAGGGGUUAAACAAAAAUGACUGCAUCAAGCAUUUAAGAAUUACAUGCUUAUAUUUCAGCUACAGUUCACUAGAAGGCACGCGCGAGCCUAGAUUUGAUUAUUUCUCUUGUAUGAAAGUCCUUCUGGUUCCCACUUCACCAUGAAGCUGUGGUCUUUGUCGCAACUGACAAAAAAUGUAUAAUGUAGUUUGUCCGAUCACAGCAUCAGAAUCGAUACCUUCUUGAGAGAGUUGUCAUACGUGUCUUGAUGGCUUCCCUCACUAAUCUCCUUCUUGCCUCUGCCUAGAUUUAUGUCACUGCUGGUUUUUCUUAAUGGUCUGUGUAAAUACAGAAGAACUAAGUCCUGUACAGACCCUAAGACCCAUUGAUGCUGAUGCUCGUCCCUGUAUUCUGUGUUUGGAUGUGGGUGAGUGUCUAACGUUCCCCUUGAACAGGAUGCCAGUCCAUCGUAGAUUAGGUGGUACCCAUUUACAGUUUGGUGGACUGGGAUAAUACAGAUGAAGUUGUUUGUCCAAUGAUGCAGACUGGUAGUCUGACUGGGACUCCAUCCCAGAUCUACAUGGUAGCCCAACUCCCGACCCAUUGAACUAUCUGCUUGGCACUGUAAAUGAAGUCUAAGACAGAUUCAGUGACUUGAAACUUUUCGUGUAUCCAACUCAUGACUGUCCUGGCUGUAAAAGUGUUGAUUUGCAUUAAAAUAUCAUUAACAGUAUUUUUAUUCAACCCCUUAAAUUUAAAAGUCUACACCACAAGUACAUCUUAGUUCAUUUCAAAUCCAUUGUGAUGGUGUAAAAGGGUCACUGUCCGAAUACUUAUGGGCCUGGCUGUAUUUCUCGGUUAUACUUUGCCAUGCUGAAGUGAUUAAGUGGAUUAGAGGGUUGACUGAAAAAUUAUUUUGAUAACUGAUCUGUCAAACAACAAUAUCUUGUGUGGAUGUAUUUUGUCCCGUGACCCUUUAAGCGGGUAUAGAAAAUGGAUGGAUGGAUUUAUUUUGUGUUAAGUGUGUAAGUUUCAGACUGUUGGUUGGACAAAACAAAUAUUUAUAAUUUGUUGCCUUGGACUUU